UUCAUGAGUCAAGCGAGAAGUCAACAAAAAAUUUCACCGCAUGCGGAAAAUAUAUUUAUUUCUGUGUAAUUAACUGAAUAAAUACCAUAAACCUUAACGUGAUUCUAAAGAAUACAUUAAAAAUGGUUCGUGUAAUAACUCAGGAGACGUACGAUGAAGUAGUACAGGAGAAUAUAGACGAAUUUGAAAUGACUCCUGAAGAGGCUAUAAAAGAAGCUGUAGCUCAAUUUGAAGCUCAAGGAAUAGAUCUAUCAAACAUUAUCAAAGACCUUGCUCUCAACUCAGGGGACGGCCAAGGAGUAUCCAGCAUUGUCAGUAAGCUGAAAGAGCUGUGCAGUCGGAUUGAGUCUGAUGAUGAAGCCAUUUUGAAAGAACUAGAAGCCCUGAAGGUAGAAUGUAAUAAAGACAUAGCACGCAGAGUGAAAGCUGGAAAAGAUGGUGCCUACAAUAUCCUAACUGGUUUACUUGAGUCUCGGUUUAAAAGUUACGUACAAAAAUCAAAUGAAAAGGAUGAAAAAAUAAUUAUAUCAUCGUUAAAUUCGUUAAUAGCACUGAUGGACGUACAGCCUGACCUGCUGGAUGAGAAAGGGGCUGAUUUGAUUAAAAGUAUACUGGAUAAGAUAGACGAUGGACCCAUAUUAAUAUCAGCUCUAAAGUGGACCAGUGUGUGCUGUGUCAAACACGAAAUGAAUCGACAGAGACUGUUCGCUAAGAAUAUCGGUGACAAUUUGAAGUUGCUGCUCAAUGCUCGGAAGAAUAUAAGGGUUGUAAGUGAAGCUAUGUCAGUCAUACGAAAAUUCACCUUGGAUGAUGAUGUCAGAGUCGAAUUUGGCAAAGCUCAUGAGCACGCCAAAGAGUUGGGCGCCAAACUACUAGACCCACUCACACAGUUCCUUAAAGAGCACCCCGUCCCACCAGUGGUGUCAGAAACGAUGUUGACGAUGGCGGCUCUCCUGGUGCGUCACGAACUGUGCGCGAUGGCUGCCGACGCGGGCGCAGACGAGGCUCUGUUCGCCAUCUUGGCUGCCAACUUUGAUUGUGUGCUGGUCAUCGUUCAAGCUAGCAAACUAAUAACGGCGUUGGCGGGCAACGACGAGGUCAAGAGACAACUAAUGAAGGCCGGCAUUGCUCCCAUACUUGUCACGUUGCUGAAUAGGCAUUCGAGCAAUCCCACCGCAGCGGCGUUAAUACUAAAGUGCAUAUCCGCGCUAACGUUACGCGAGCCGUCGCACAGUCAACAAUUCUUCGAUAGCGGCGCCCCAGAAGUCAUGAUAGAAGCCAUAAAGAAUCACCCCACUGAUGCUAGCGUGCAGAAAAACGGCUGCUGGGCGAUUCGCAACAUGGUCGCCAGGUGUCGCGAUCAAAACCCUAAGUUCCACGAGUUGGGAGUGGAAAGCCUUCUCAACGAAGCCUACGAUCGGUUCUCUAAAGAUUUCGGAUUCGAUAUCAAGUCCGCGCUCAGAGAUCUUGAGUGUGACGUUAAAUUGGAUGAGCAGUGGAAGGGGAAAGGGGUCCAGAUGGAGAAUAAUUAAUAAUAUGACAAGAGGAGGGAGGCACGGGGAAAUUGUAAACCCACAUUUUGUUGGGUGUCUAAAGUGGGGGAAACCUACCUUACAAAUAAAAUUUGCCCCCAAUCCUAAAUCAAACAGCCUCUCUAGGCUAGAAGCUGGUCGCUUGUCAAGCUUAACACUGAGACCUUAUGCAGUUACGGGACUAUUCCCACCGCUGAAACUCCAGGAUCUACAGCUUGACGGCCAAUAAAAACCCAACCAGUGAAGGUCAAGUUUGUCCCGGGGGAAAGUUAAACUGUCAUUGGACCCGCAACGAAAUUAUGUGCAUAUAAAACCUUGUGCAGUUGCAAUUGGGCCAAUUUCAAUACUCAAAUGUUUUCACAAUGCACAAGAAACCCAAUCUAAAAAUGGCUUUUUUGGCUAAAAUUAAAACUUAAAUGUAUUAUAUUCUACAUUAUAACAUUCCUGAAUCGCUAUCACACUAAGUUUAAAUCUAACAAACACAACUUUCAAUGAAAUAAAAUGUAUAGAAUGCAAAUGACAAAACUAUGUGAUAAUUUUAUUCAAUACUUUAAGUAAAUAUUAUCGGUGCUUCUAACAAAUAAAACCUCAAUUUUAAUUACAAAAAUAUUUAUUGAUUUCAAUAAAACAUUUUUUAAAUCA